AUGGUUAGAACUUAUGUAAAGAAAAAGCAGGUGCCAGACGUGCCCGAGGAGACAAUGAGAUCUGCUGUUAAAGAUGUUUUGUCUAGAAAUAUGUCUUUACGGCAGGCCGCUGCUCGAUUUGGCAUUAAAAAAUCUACGCUCUACGAUAGAGUAUCGAAAGCUAGAAAUAUGAACGAUAACUCCGAUUCAGGGACCGAAAUGAAUGAUAGUAAAUCUGGAUUAUCCAAAUAUGCCAGUCGUCAAGUGUUUUCGCCAAUUGAAGAGCUUGAACUUGAAAAAUACCUCAAGCAGUCAUCCCAAAUUUUGCAUGGGUUAACUUAUAUUGCUACUCGUAAAUUGGCUUAUGAGUAUGCAGUGAAACUUAACAAAACAUUUCCUGAAAAAUGGCAUGAGAAUCGGCAAGCGGGAAUCGAAUGGAUGAAAUGUUUCAUGAAACGGCACCCAAGACUCUCUCUUAGGAAGCCAGAAAACACGAGCUUCGGCAGAGCAUCAGCAUUCAAUAAACAUAAUGUGGACAACUUCUUCAAUAACUACGCCGAUGUCUUCAAGAAAUAUAAAUUUCACCCAAGUCGUAUUUGGAAUACCGAUGAGACUGGCAUUUCCACUGUGUUACAAGCUCCAAAAGUGAUCGCUGAAACCGGAAAAAGAGUUGUGGGUCAGUGUGUCUCUGCAGAAAGAGGCACUCUAGUCACUUUCUGCGGUGUUAUUUCUGCAACCGGUUCUGCACUUCCUCCUAUGUUUGUAUAUCCUCGAGUGAGAAUGAAGGAUCAUUUUUUGCAUGGCUCUGUACCUGGAUCUAUAGGUUACGGAACAAAGUCAGGGUGGAUGACCGCACCAGUUUUCGUUAAAUUAUUGGAACAUAUAAAAAAAUAUACGAAUAGUACCCCAACAGAUCCUAUCUUGCUGUUAAUGGACAAGCAUGAAACACAUGUAUCAGUGGAUGCCAUCAACUAUGCCCGUGAGAACGGAAUCGUUUUGCUAUCAUAA